AUGUCAGAACAAAUUGCUCAACAAACUACUACCCCAACUACAACAGAAUCAGCUUCAACUGCAGUAACAUCAAAUAGAUCAAUUUUAAAUGAUAAGUGGGAUAUUGUUAUUUCUAAUAUGCUAGUUAAAACCACUUUUGGAUUUGGUGCUGGUGUCUUGGCUUCAGUGAUAUUUUUCAAAAGAAGAGCCUUCCCUGUUUGGUUAGGGGUAGGCUUCGGUUUAGGUAGAGGUUACUCAGAAGGGGAUGCCAUAUUCAGAUCAACUGCAGGCUUAAGAUCCUUCCAAGUUUGA